CUGGCUGAGCGCAGUCCUGCACAGGGUCUCUAACUGUACCGUUUGGCGUUGAAUGCCUGAAACAACGACUGGAUCUCCUCGUUCAUAACAAGUGCCUACAGAAAUGGAAACAUGACGUCGGGUUCGGAAUGAGCUGGAACAGCGGAAACGCUGCGUAACUGAGACAGCACGCCGUCACAGACGGGGGACUGGUGCGUCCUGGCACCGCAGAGAAGCACCAAACUUCACUGACGAGCUGAGCAUCAUUUGGAACAACACUCACUGAGCGCGUUACCGUGGACGAUUUUCUAUCAUGUAAGAUUGUAAUUAUCAACUUAAGAUCCAGAAUAGGGGUGCAAAGCGUCCGUGUUGUGCUCAUUUUGCUCUCUCCAGCCGUGCCAAUGCUGGAAUGGCUUGUGGCUCUGUGCAUUGUGAUCCUGGUGGUCUUAAUAUGGCCAGGAUCCAAGAGCCAGCCGGACGCUUUGCUUCAAGGACUGGGGAUCUCGCAACAGGCAACGAAGGACAAGACCGGGAGAUGCGUCUCCGACCGAGAGGGGAGCGACGGUGUCCAGGCGGCCAGUGCGGGUGCCGUGACCGCUGAGAGAGCACGCACCGUGGCACUGAUCUGCAAACCGUCCGCGCUCGCCAACUACCUCCUGAAACAUUGCAGGACUUUCAGUAAUUACUCGCCGUGUGCUGGCUGGACGUGGCGGGCCAGCGGCUUCCUGCAGAGCGUGUACGAGGCGUGCUGGCCGUACGACAGCCCGGUCCAGUUUGUGCGGGACAACCUGCAGCUGAGCGACGAUGGGCUGGUGGCCUUGGACUGGGCAGUGCCAUCCUACCAGAAACGACGCAGGACGUCCAGCCACUCUGCCAGUCCCGUGCUGCUCAUCAUCCCAAACUCUUUUGGGAAGAUCACUAGAAAUGUGCUAAAGUUGUGUGAGACGGCACUGUCCCAUGGCUACCUUCCGGCUGUUUUCAACCGCCGCAGCCACAACGGCACCCCACUCACCACCCUGAAGCUGCAGCAGUUCGGGGACCCUGCAGAUCUGCGCGAGGCCGUGCGCUACAUCCGCUACCGACAACCUGCAGGAAGGCUGUUUGCCGUGAGCGAGAGCACCGGGUCGGGCCUCCUCCUGUCUUACCUGGGGGAGUGCGGAUCGUCGAGCUAUGUGACAGCGGCUGUCUGCCUGUCACCCGUGUUCCGCUGUCAGAGCUGGUUUGAGAACGGGCUGAGCCGGCCCCUGCAGUGGGCGUUGGUGCUCUACCAGAAGAUAUGUCUCAGCAGGUACAAGACUGUGCUGGGUGAGACCAUACGAACAGACGCCGUGUUUUCUAGCUGUUCCUUGCGUGGCCUGGAGGAGUCGUUGUUCUGUCAGACUGUGGGCUGCGCGCCAGCAGCAUCAACGGGGCCCGGCAGUAGCAGCAACACUGCAGGUGCAUGGGAUGCUUACUGGGAACGCAACGAACCCCUAAGAGACGUAGACGAAGUGGCUAUUCCUGUUCUGAAUGUGUGCGCUCAGGAUGACCCUGUCCGUGGUGACACCCAAUCCACGGUACCCUUGGAACUCUUUGAGACAAACCCACAUUUCUUUCUCCUCCUAACCGACCGCGGAGGUCACUGCGGUUUCUCCACCCAGUCCGAGGGGAGUGCCACCGGUGCGUUUGGUGCAGUCAGCUCUGUGGCUGCGCCGAACAGUGGGCCGGAGAGCCGUGGGACCAACUGGAGCCACAAAGCUCUGCUGGAAUUCUUCAGGGCGACCACAGACUUCUUUGCUGCAGAGGAGAGAGCGAAGCAGCUCGCCGCAAGGAGGAGGGGGCUGGGGGCAGGCGCAGGCGGGAGGGUUUUCCGCCACCGCAGCGUCAGUACAUGCAAACGAAUGCCAGCAUGUUCUCAUAACAUCCACGCCAUUUACAACUGGCAGAGGUCCUAUACACGAUGAGGGAGCUUCACGGUAGCUAAUGGACUCACUGACGCCUUCUGAUAGUGUUUGGAUUUGGGAGGUUGUUUCCUGCCUGAAUGACACUCAGCUACAAAGUGUUAAGACAGAAGAAACUAGAAAAGUGCAGAAGCUCAAGAACUGAGGUCAUAGAGUACUUUUAAAUGUUGUUCUCACACACUCGACGGGAGCCGUAAAACACAAGAAUAGAAAAAAGAUCAUGACAGGCCACAAGCCUGCAUGCAGUUGUUACAUUUAACUGCUCAACAGUUGACACUAAAUCUCCGGAUGAGUGACUUUAUACUGUAUUUUUCUACAGAAGACACAAAUUCACUGCCAGCUGUUAAAACUGAAGGAUUCUGUCAUUCCGUCUGUUUUAUGAACACACACAGAUGUCUGCCUCACAUUUUACACCGUUGACUACAUUUGCAACUAUGUUUGCAACCACAACUGCAUCGUCAUUCGGGAUAUCUGAAACCUGAUGUAUCUUACUGUUAUUCUUUUUCAUCACUGCAAGGAUAUUUAUUGGGGAGCAAAAGCGCUGAAAGUCUUGUGCCUAGGGUAGAAAAUCCAGUAAAAAUUUUAAAUUAAUAGGAGGUAAAUGUCAAAAGUGUUUAAUGAACUCAUGCUGGCAUUAUCGUGCACAUUAAAGAGAGAUUACUGUUUAUUGAAUGUUCUUUUCUGUAUUGGGAAAUGAUCUGUGAUGCCCAGAAUAGAGGAACUCAAGCGUGAUUACCACCCAGUUAGCUUUUAGAGGAAAGUCUGUGUGUGAAGGUUUCAUUUUAAUGAGCUGGGUGGCUCAGAGCACUCUGUGAGUUUUCCUCUCUCAUCAUUGAAACCCAGGCUGCUCAGGAUCUGAAGGUGGCGAAGAUGUGAGGGUGGUGGGUUUUGUACUGAGCAGCUUAACAUCGUUUGAGACAUUUCUCGAGUUCCUGGAAAUGUGUUUAUCAUUCUCGAGCAUUAGGACGUUAAAUUGUACAAAUUAAAAUGACACAAAGUAAUAAAUAUUGUGUUGAGAGCGUUCAGAUGAGAAACACAUCAAAGGGCAGCUCGGCUGUUUUAUAAGCAGGAAAAGGCCUGAAGUUCUGAUUUUUGUCUUCUGUUGUUUUAUUAAAAUGCUAUAAACCUGUUUAAUGUGUGUUAUGUGAUGGAUUAAAAAGUUGGAAUUAUAAUAAAUGAAAC